AUAGCAGCGGCGCGGAGGAAUUCAGUGAGAAAGGAAGGAAAACAUCUACCAGGAAGUUAACUCGAAGACGAAACGUAGUUGGAACUUGAAAGUAUUAAGCGUUUUUGUUUUAAACCAGGUUUUAAGUAAAAGCAACAGGUGACAUUAAACGUUUACGAGCCAGAGGACUUUUGCUUCUAACAAGAUGGACUAUGAUCCGGAGCGGGGAGGAAUAGAGGAUGCACCAGAGCCGAAGGACAAGGUCCAGGUCCUGAAGGAUCAGGUGGACGGAGUGACAAACAUCAUGACCCAGAAUGUGGACCGGAUCCUGGCACGAGGAGAAAGGCUGGGUGACCUCAUGGACAAAUCAGAGGAUUUGCAAGCAGGGUCUCAGCAAUUCAAGCAGACGUCUCACAAAGUGGCGCGCUCUUACUGGUGGAAGAACGUCAAGCUGAUCGUAGUCAUCGUUGUGAUCGUGCUCAUCAUUGUUCUCAUCAUCAUCCUGCUGGCCACUGGAGUCAUUCCUGUCAGUGCGCCUGUAGGUCCUGUAGUCACUCCAACCACCAAGCCCUGAACAGGAACACGCACACAAGAUGUACAAUGAGAUACAAUGAGGUCAUAAAAACAGUAUACUGAGUAAUAUAUUGACUCUAGCAAAUUACUUAUUGUUUCUGGUAAAUAUUUAAGGUUUCUUAGUUUCUUUAGGUUACUUUAAUGCAUUUGUUCCAAGCACUUUAAUGACACAUAAACUCUUUAAAACAGUUUUAGUAAAACCAGGUAGCUUUGGUGAGUAUUUUUUCCUGUUCUGUGUUUUUUUUUUUUACUGGAAGCCCCCCAGUCUCCAUCUCCAUCCAUAACCAGUUAACCGUCAUCCUGACAUAUAGACGAACCCUUGAAUGUUUGUAGAUGGCAACAUCUACAAACAAGGAAUACUCUUUCAUUUUAGAUUCUCCAUAGUUCAUAAUUUAUGUUGUUUUCAAAGAUCUGCUUGAGAAGUGUUAAAGAGGAUAAAUUUACGUAAUGUGUUACGAGAUGCACAUCAGAUUUUGAUUGUAACCUCUUUCUUCAUUGAAAGAGAAUCUGCUUUUCUACACUCACACACGCUGUAAAGUAAAUGUGUACUGCUAACACUGCACUGGCUCAUCCGCUCUGAUGUUUAUGCAAACAAUUGAUUUCUACUUUCAAACAUCCGUUACAGAGAAGCAGCCUGAUGUGUUGAAAACAAACCUCUUAGCUGCUGUAAGAGGUUCAGGUUCUUUCAGUCUACCAGCUGGAAGAGACCAUUUCUAGCCAUUUAGACGCUGAUUUAUUCCUACAAAAUUCAGGAUCUUUUUUUUCUGAGCAAGACCCCCCGCCCCACACACACACACUUUCUGCAAUCCCCAGACCGGUUUAGCUUCAAAUAGGUCAAAAUGUAUCUAAUUAUGCAGUGUAUAUAGUCAAUCCUCACCAAUGUGUAUAUUUACUGCAACUAUUAACACGUCUGUCAAAAGUGUCUAAUCUUUAGAACCAAAUUAUUUAAUGCUUAAUUUUGUUCUAUGAAAUCCAGAAUGAUUCCUAGAUAUUUCUGUAUAAAUGGAUAAUCUACACUAAUUAAUUAUAAAAUGGUACGUUUUGGUUUUGUUGCUUUUUUCAGUAACAAGAUGAUGCUAUAAAAUGUAGGAUGUGUUGGAACAAAUUCUCUCUGUAUUAUUUUCUUGCCGUGUGUGAUUCUGGGAUGCAGUAACCUUUGUUCUCUUAGACUGUUGUUUUCGACUGGCCAGAUAAAUGCUGUUUGAGACGGCCCUGAUAGCACACUGCUGCAGAGCAACUGUAUGAUGUAGCUGCUCAUUAGGGAUUAUGGUAUUUAAUGAUUUUACUGUCCGAUGAAGUCAAUAAAUAGUAUUUACCUCA